AUGUCCGGAGCGGGAGGAAAGUGGAUGGUCUCCUCCGUUACGGAGGAGAACAUCACAAAGCUACGGGGAGCCGGAUACCUGGCCGCGGAUAUCGCGCACCGGCUGCCAGAUGCGGGGCAGAUCAUCCCUACCCCAGAACCCCAUGAGAGGGUGGGUUUCCUUACCCACUUCGUCCGCAGACUGGGAUUUCCCCUCCACCCGUUUGUCCGCGGGCUCAUGUUCUACUACGGGCUGGACUUUCACGAUCUGGCCCCGAAUUUCAUCCUCAAUAUCUCGACGUUUAUCGUCGUGUGCGAGGCCUUCCUGCGCAUCAAGCCACAUUUCGGCCUGUGGCUGAAGACCUUCAAUGUUAAACCGAAGGUGGUGGUCGGCCAGCAAGCGGAGUGCGGAGGCGCCAUGGUGGGCAAAAUGCCCAACGUCACCUGGCUCGAAGGCUCAUAUGUGGAGACCAUAAAGGGGUGGCAAUCGGGGUGGUUCUACAUCACCGAGCCGCGCGACACCAACUGGGUGGCGGCCCCCAAAUUUCGAUCCGGAAUCCCCAUGCGGCUCACCUCCUGGAAAGAGAAGGGCCUGUCCUGGGGUUCCCCGGUAGAGCUGACCGGACUCCAGACAUGCAUCAAAAACAUGAUGAGCAAGAAAAUCAAGCUCGUCAACGUGGUCCAAGUCAUGCUCUUCCGCCGGAUCCUCCCGUGUCAAAGACGGGCAUUCACCUUGUGGGAGUUCGACCCGGCCGAGCACCAGACGCUGCGAGAGCUCUUCGACACGACGCACAAGGACAUCUGGAAGGUGCUGUUCAAGGGCGCCGAGGUAUCACCUCCCCUUACCGAGGACUGCGGACUUAGCGCAAAGCGCCCUGCGAAUCCGGACUGGGUAGCGACAGGGGAGCGGAUCGAUUGUCCGGCUCCUCUGCCCGAAGAUCCAGCAGAUGCUCUCCUAACGGAGAUGCUGGUUCCGGCACCUUAUGAGGUGCCGGAUAAGAAGACCACGGGGACCAGGAAGGGUCUCCGGCGCAAGGUUGUAUCGAACUCAUCAUCCGAAAGCACUGAGGCGCACUCCUCCCGCGAACACGAGGAGGAGGAGGAAAUGGCACCGGCGUCAGCUCGACGGCGGCCGCCCGUGGCGCGGCCUGGGUGCCGCGACAGCUGCGGCAACAUCACCGUUUCGUACCCCUUCGGCAUCGGCGCCGGCUGCUACCGCGACGACGGCCGAGGCGGCUUCCAGCUCGAGUGCCACGGCUCCCCUCCGCGCCUCACCGUCAGUGGCUUCGACCACCACCUCGCGGGCCUCUCCCUCGCGUCCGGCGAGGCCCGCGCCUACCUCAACGCGACGCGGGAGUGCUUCAGCUCCACCGGUGGCCUCGUCGACCGCACCAACACCUACAUGUCCCUCCAGUACAGCGUCUACCGCUUCUCCGACGCCAAGAACCGUCUGGUCGCGCUCGGCUGCCCCAACCUCGGAUACUUCGUCGACGGCGACGGAUACUACGUCAGCGGCUGCAUGUCCGUGUGCCGCCCCUCCCGGUACGCCAUGCCGGGCCCGUGCACCGGCGUCGGCUGCUGCCAGAGCGAGAUACCCGCCGACAUCAGCUUCUUCGGGCCUUACCUGCGCAACUUCCCGCCGUCGAAGGACUCGGCCGCUUUCACCACCAACGCCACGUCGUGCCACUACGUGUUCCUCGUCGAGGACGAGUGGUUCACCUACACCGACCGUGUCUUCCUCAACCGCACCGACGACUUCGCCGUGCCCCUUGUGCUCGACUGGGCCGUCCGCAACAUCGACAACUGCAGCGCUGCCACGCAAAACGUCACCGACUUCGCCUGCCGGAGCACGGGCAGUCAGUGUGUCGACGCAACCAACGGCCCCGGGUACCGGUGCAGCUGUCCCAAGGGCUACGACGGCAACCCCUACCUCGACAGCGGAUGCGCAGACAUCGACGAGUGCCAUCUGAAAGACGAGUACCCGUGCUACGGUGUGUGCACAAACACGCCGGGGAGCCACACUUGCCAAUGCCCACCAGGUACAAGUGGAGGUGCCACCGCCAAGAACGGCUGCCGGCCAAAGGACAAUUUCACCUUAGCUCUGAAAACCGUCAUAGGAGUCGGCGUUGGCGUGUUCAUGUCGGUUUUCAUGUGCUUCUGGCUCUACCUGGGGCUCCAGAAGAGGAAACUGAUCAAAGCAAAGCGGAACUUCUUCGAGCACAAUGGAGGCGUCAUCUUGCAGCAGCAGAUGCGUUCCAAUAGAGGUACCGCUGUAGGAGGCGGCGGCGGGUUCAAGAUAUUCUCGGAAGAAGAGCUCGAGAAGGCAACCAACAACUUCGCCACAGACCAGGUCCUCGGACGCGGCGGCCAUGGAAUAGUCUACAAGGGCGUCUUGGAGGACGAGACUGUGGUGGCGAUCAAGAAGUCUAAGAUGAUGGAGAAGUCCGAUAUCAAGGAGUUCGCGAGGGAGAUGCUCAUUCUCUCCCAGAUCAACCACCGUAACGUCGUCAAGCUGCUUGGUUGCUGCCUUGACGUGGAGGUGCCGAUGUUGGUCUACGAGUAUGUCUCAAAUGGCACCCUCUACCACUUCAUCCACGGGAAGGAGCUUAACAACGACACAGCCUUGGACACCCGUCUCCGCAUAGCCGCAGAGUCGGCAGAGGCAUUGGCGUACAUGCAUACGUCGGCCUCACCGCCGAUCCUCCACGGAGAUGUCAAGACCGCCAACAUCCUCCUCGACAACAACCUCACCGCCAAAGUCUCGGACUUUGGGGCAUCGAAGCUGGCGCCGAGCGAUGAGGUUCAAAUCGCAACACUGGUGCAGGGCACCUGCGGGUACCUAGACCCGGAGUACCUCAUGACAUGCCAGUUGACAGACAAGAGCGACGUCUACAGUUUUGGCGUCGUGCUUUUGGAGCUUCUCACCGGAAAGAAGGCGAUCUGCUUCAGCGGGCCUGAGGACAGGAGUCUGGUGUCACGCUUCGUAGCGGCCACGAAGGCCGGCACGCAUGAGAAGCUCCUGGACGACCAGGUGAGGAAGGAAAUGGGGCCCGAGGCGCUGGAAGAAGUCACCCACAUCGUGACCCGGUGCGUGAGCGUGAGCGGGGAAGAGCGGCCGGCCAUGAAGGAGGUGGCGGAGAGGCUGGAGGCGCUAAGGAGGUACCAGCGGCGCCCGUGGGGUCAAGCUGGUGGCAGUGAUUCGGAGGAAGGGCAGAGCUUGUUUGGUAGGGAUAUGGAACGGGGUGUGGAGUACAUGUUUGGGCCUCAAGAUGUCCUUGAUCUUGAAGGGGGUAGCACAUAUACUUUAAGCUUGUAGACUAUGUGUUUGUUCUUUCGCAAAGGUAUAUCUUGACUUGGAUUCUUUUUGAAAUAGUACCAAACGCAAACACUAGAUUGAAGAAGACUGUAAAAACAGUUGUAUUGUCCAAAUAUUAUGAGUAUAUAAACACUAAAUUAGA